AUGCUCUUUCCCGCAGCAACCUUCAUCGGCCUUGUGUCCCUGGGAAUGGCUGAACUGACAUCUGCCUUUCCCGUGGCCGGUGGGCAGUACUACUGGGCUUACAUCUUGUCUCCUCCGAAGUGGGCACCUCUCAUCUCGUACACUACCGCCGUGAUCGGUGUCCUCGGUGCCUGGCUUGGGUGCGCAAGCACAUGCAACUUCAUCUCCAGCAUGAUUCUUUCCAUCGUGCAAUUCAUACAGCCCGAAUACGUCAUACUUUCAUCGCAUAAGUACUUUGUGUAUGUGGCAGUCAUGAGUCUUGGUGCCGCGAUCAACAUCUUUGGAUCUCGGAUGCUGCCAGCUCUCAAUCGUUUCAUAUUUGUUUUCUCUAUAAUCACGCUCACUAUCACCACCGCCACGAUGCUGGCCUGUAGUUACCCCAACUAUAAUUCAGCGAAAUGGGUUUUCACGGAUGACACGGUUUCGAGCGGGUGGACCAACCGUCCCCUCGCCUUGGUGUUCUGCUUCAUCAACAGCCUAUACGGCUUUCUUGGAACAGACGCUGGAGUUCAUAUGACAGAGGAAAUACCAAACCCAGCCGCCACGGCUCCCAAAGUCAUCCUCUAUCCGGUUAUCAUUGGGUUGAUCACCGUUUUACCAUUCGCUUGCACCUGCAUGUUCGUCAUCAAGGACAUCGAAGAGAUUCUGGUUGCGCCGAGCGGGCUUCCCUUGAUCCAGCUUUACUACCAAGCAACAGGCAGUCAAGAUCGUCGCGGGCGCUAUGGUCUGCAGCUCGAGAUGACUGUUUCCCGUGGUCUGACCUGUGGAAGCAAGUCAGUCCAAGGUUCGGGAUGCCUCUGA